AUGAUGUCUCGAACAGUUCUUGUUCUUCUGAUCAUCAUUUUCAGCGUUAUUACUUUUUCGAGCCAAACGUGUAGAUAUUCUACGGAUAAAUUAAUUGGAUCGAGAUGUUAUAUGUUUGUGACAAAAUCGCAUAACUUCGAAUCUGCCCAAAAAUAUUGUCAUGGAUUUGGAUAUUAUUUGGCGACUGUGGAUAAUGCGAUUGUUUCAAAUUUUCUAGCAUGUAGGUUUUGUUUGCAAAUCUACAAUGAGUUAGCAGAAGCUGGCCCAUUUGUUGAUAACUUCCCAGAAUGACUCACCAUUAGUGCUAAUUUAAAAAUCUCAAAAUGAGUUUGCGAUAAAAAGUAAAUCGGAAUAGUCAAAAAUUGAUACGUGAGAUUAAGUUUUUCAUUUUUGAAUCAAUUCAUUAAAACUCCUAUUUUGCGAACCCAGUCGGUAAAUUUUGUCUGAAUUGAUCGAGAUAUUAAAAGGUUGAUCAAAAACUCUUAUCAGAACUAGCCGGAAAAAUAUUUUAGAAACGUCAACAGCAAUUAAAUAUGGGAAAUUUUUGUUUGAAAGUCCGAAUUUCUUAUUACGAUUACAUUGACUUACUUUUAAUUUAAAAACGUGAUAACUUUCCCCAACAAAAAACUCACUUCCUUCCAAAAUCCAACGGUUUCCGUUAUCCAUAUUCACGCGAAUCGAUUUGCCGAAAGAAAAACAUGUGUGUACGGUUGGUGUGAAUGUCCGCAAUACGUAAACUCUGCAAACACCAAACAUAUAAAAUGACGACACUCGUUUUUUUGGCGCGCGUUUCGCACAAAAAAAUCAUUAUGGGGUGAUUCAGGUCGAAAAAAAAAAUUAAAAAAAAAACGUUUUUGUUACAAAAAAAUUCGAUUCAGCAAAUGUCAAAAAACUAUAUUUUUUUCCUAUUUUUUUUUUCAUUGAAACAUUUUCGCUGCGAGAUAUAUCUCAUUUUUGUGUGGAAAAAAUAGUUUUUUGACAUUUGCUGAAUCGAAUUUUUUGUAAAAAAACGUUUUUUUUCGACCUGAAUCACCCCAUUAAUGAUGCGCACUAGUAGCUUCCAAAACAAAAAAAGGAAAAAACAAAAGUAAAAUAGCGACACUCGGCUUGCCUGUUGUUUAAUUUUUACACACUGUCUGAGCGGAGUGUCGUUAUUUUAUUUUUACAAGAAUGCGCGUAGGAUUUUGUGUUUGCGGGCAUUCGGUGUUGACACACACUCUUAUUUUUUUUGGAUUUUGGAAUUUUCACGCUAUUUUAAAAUCACGCUAUUUUAAAACAAUAGAAAGAGGGACAAAUCGAGAGUUUGAGAGAGGGAAAAGAAGCUAGAAACACAGCUGAAAUAGUGCUACAGUACGCUAUUUUACCAUUAGUUGGCGCACAGCCAAGUGUGGUCUUGGCGCGAUUUCUCUGCGCUCUCUCUUUUUAGUGGAUUCUCGAUUUGUCCCUUCAAAAAUAGCGUGUUUUAGCGUUCGCCGGUUCGGAGUUCAGCAAAUCAAAUGGUCAAUUCUGGAUUGGACUGAGUCGAGUGCACGACUUCAGUUUAUUCACCUGGGAUGAUUCAACACCUUUUGCGUUCACAAACUUUGCUUCCGGAUAUCCGAACAAAGAAGAUUAUGUUGCUGAAAACAUUCAAAAUGGUAAAUGGGUGACAAUAGCUGCCCACAAAUCAUUGCCAUUCAUUUGUUCUUCGAAUUUGACAUCAACUGGUACAACAACAACAACAUCAUCUACAUCUUUUCGAACUUCGACGAAAGCUGGAACGACAAAACCAACUGUGACUACCAAAAAGAUUGUCACUACUACAACAACUGUUCCAAAAACAACUACAACACAUCGAACAGCGUGCCCGAGUGGAUUCAAAUUACUUGGAACUAAAUGUUUCAUUGUUAUUGAAUAUGGAAAUGAUUCGGAUUAUCCAAAUGUCUCACCAAAUUCUCCUCCAUUGACAGCCGAAAGUUUGCGUUGCCAGAAAGUUGGAGCACAGCUCGCAUCGAUUCAUUCAGAAGAUCUUGAUGAGCAAUUAAUAGGUAUUUACAGAUUUCGUUUUAUAUUUUCACGAAAAAAACAAAAGAUUUUCAGGUUUGAUUUAUGACAAGUUCAAUGAGGCUGCUUAUGCAACAAUUGGUCUUCGAAACACAGACACUUCUGUUGAAAAUGGAAAAUGGUCAUGGUUCGAUAAUUCAACUCUUGAUUACACACGAUUCGGAAAUGCAUUCCCAAAAACUGGUGAUUUGUUGGCUCAAGCAUCAACCAAUGGAUUUUGGAAUACUUACACAAGAACAGCUCCAACUGAAGGAGUCAUUUGUUCGAUGGAUUUAUAA